CUUCGGAGGACCGGAAGUAGGAAGGGGACUCGCCCCGUGGCCGCUCUCAGAUCUCGAGCUGGUUCCGCGGGACCCCUGGCGGCGGUUUUCCCGGAUGGGUCGUUAGCAGCACGGACUGCCGAGCGGAGCAGCUCCGAGGUCGGCCCUCCUCGAAAGGCGUGGUCGAAGGCAUGGCCCAUGGCUGGUCCCAUAAGCGCUCUAGGAGCCGGAGCUGCGGCGGCUCCCAUGGGCCUCCCGAGCAGGCGGAUCAGAGGAGGAGGAAGAGGAACAGCAGUAAGGACACUGGACGGAGUCCCUCUGCCUCAGGCUCUCAGGGCCCACGCAACAGCCUCGCCUCAAAUGGGGAAGAAAGAAGCAGGGACAAAGCCCGGAAGAGAAAGCGGCACAGGUCCUCCUCCUCCUCCUCCUCCUCCUCCUCGGGGGCCUCCAGUGGGGGCCGGAAGAAGCGAGGGAAGCAUAAAGACAAGAAGAGCACAAAGAAGAAGAAGAAGAAGAAGAUGAAGAAGAAGAAGAAGAAGGACAAGGACAAGGACAGGGCGGUCAAGGCCAAGGUGGUGGAGGAGAUGCCGGGCCCCUCGCUGGACCAGUGGAGGAAAGAGCCCCUGGUGGAGAGUGGCCCGGUACUGACAGAUGAGCAGAAGUCUCGCAUCCAGGCCAUGAAGCCAAUGACUAAAGAAGAGUGGGAUGCCCGGCAGAGCAUCAUCCGCAAGGUGGUAGACCCUGAGACAGGUCGUACCAGACUCAUUAAGGGGGAUGGCGAAGUUCUGGAAGAAAUUGUAACCAAAGAGAGACACAAGGAGAUUAACAAGCAAGCCACGAGGGGUGAUGGCCUGACCUUUCAGCUUCGAGCAGGUCUGUUGCAGUAAGAUUCCCCAGCCUCCUUCAACCUCCUGGUCCCCGUGCCUGCCCCCAGACUGCUGGUCUCUAUGGACUUGGGGGGCUCCCUGGGAGGGUAGCACUGGCUUCCCCAGGUGAGGGGAAUGGUUCCAGCUUGAAGAUGUUGUGUGUCCUCUAUCUGAGGACAAACACCUAGGCCAGAGUGGGUCCUCCCAGUGUGGGAAGAGGGUUUGGAGCUCAGGGACUGGCCCAAGCAAGAAAUGCAUAUUGAUGCCCACCAACAAUGCAGGAGACCUGGACCAUCUUCAUUCUCAUUGUCCUCUUCUCCCUCCUAUAGAGGGUACCUGGGGUGGAAGAGCAUGGGGUCAUCUGACCAGGCCUGGCUGUCCUUGUCCCCAGACUUAGGCCUGGCUGAGAAGCUGCCACCCAGGAAAAGGCAAGUGGCAGCCAGGGCUUGGAGGCUGGGCUUAUAGGAUAGCUUAUCAGAGCUUUCUAGAAGGGGCAGGGGAAGGUGCCUUGGCUGCCUGAGACCAACUGUUGUCCCUUCUGUUCCCAUCCAAGGGGUUUUCCUAACAAUAAAGCCCAACAGCCUCA